UUUAACAGUGUGAUAAGAAGUAUUUAUAAUUUUGAAUUCAAUAAAUUAUCAUUUGUGUCAUUCUGUUGUGUUCUGUUGUAAGGGACGACAAAAACAAUAAAACAUAAUCAUAAUAAUAAAUAACAACCAUUUAGUGAAUCUGAGCAGAGAUAUUGAGUUAUCACUCUGUUGAAUAUAGAUAAUAUAACGCAAACAAACGUUAUCAGUUGUUGUAACACUUAAAUUAAGAAGCUCAAAUAUCAACCAGAGUGUGCAAAAUUAAGUAGUCAAGUAAUAGACGGUGUUACAUGACAAUAUCAUAAUUGACAUCUUUGUAUGUGUAGAGUUUGCAUCUUCUUUUAAAAAACGUUAACAAGACUAAAAGUUUCUCUAAAAAAUGCAUGGAAUUGUUGAACUAAUUUUGACCAGUGCUUCAUUGUGGAUGCUGUUACAAGUUAUCUGGAGCAGUUUAAUAAGUGUGUUUUAUCAUUUCUGUAUACCAUGGAUUGUUUGGGGGACCUUUGUUACGGCAAUUGGAUUAAAAAUAGCCAGGAUUCCACCGCCAAAUUUGAAUAUUGUACAAGAAGUGCUUGGUAUAAAUCCUAUUUUGUUGAAAAGAGAUAGUAUCAUGUCCAAGACUCAUGAUAAUGAAGAGCAACAUUGCAUGCGAGUGGUGGCUCAUCGUGGUGGAGGAUACGAUUUCCCUGAGAACAGCUUAACAGCUUUCCGUAAUUGUAAAGACAGAGGCUGUAAUGCAGUUGAACUUGAUGUACUUCUUACAAAGGACAAUGUACCUAUAGUAUUUCAUGACACAACAAUUGAUAGAGUUACUGGACAACCUGGGACUAUUAAAGAUAUGACAUGGGAUCAAUUAAAAGAUUUAGAUAUUACCCAUAACCAUCCACUCAAGGAUAAAUUUACUGAUGGUGAAAAAAUUCCAUUACUUUCUGAAGUUUUAGAAACUUGCUUAUCCAAUGAACAGAGAAUAAUCAUAGAUAUAAAAGAAAAAAGACUGGAAGUUGUAGAAGCAAUUUUAGAUGCUUACAAAAAAUAUCCAAAAUUAUUUCAAAGAGCAGUUGUAUCCAGUUUUAAUCCAAUUAUUAUAUAUAUGCUUAGAAGAAAGGAACCUCGUAUUGUGUCGAGCCUUGCAUGGAGACCUCAGUAUUUUUCAAGAGUAACAUACCUUGGGUUAGAUGGUCCGGCACCGGCACGAUAUAACAAUCCAUUUAAACAUAUAGCAGCUUCUGUGUUCGAUUAUAUAUAUGAUUGGAUGCUUAAUCAUUUUAUAUACUACGUUGUGGGAGUUUCUGCUAUUUUAUUGCAUAAAGAUAUUGUUAAUCAGCGCGUUAUCCAAGUAUGGCAUGAUCGCAAUGUUCGUGUCAUGGCAUGGACAGUAAAUCUGCCAUCAGAAAAAUCACAUUUUUCACGACUAUUUAAAAUUACUUAUAUAACGGAUACACUAUUAGUUGAAAAAGAUAUGUAAUAAUCAUAUUACAUGCUUUAUGGUGUAAAAGACUAUUUUAUACUACUGAUAUUAUAAAGCAUUAUAUUCAGUAAUCUAGUCCAUUCAAUAAAAUAACGAAAAUAUAUUUUUGUCUAACAGUAUUUAUUAAUUCUGUUAUCAGAGGUACGUUCUUUUAUGUCAAUUAACAUAAUUCUAAUACAUAUAUAUCAUUUAUUGUAUGUCUUAUUUGACAUACGUGAAACUCGAAUUUUGAAUAAAGUAAAAAUAAUAUAUUUUAUAAUUAAACAGAUGUAUUUUAAAUACUUCGAAAUUAAUAGUCUCUAAACCAAUUAUUACAUGUAUAUUCUUUAUUAAUUAUAUACAUACUUUUUAAAAAAGAAGUUAUUCAACACUACCAUAAUUGCACAUAACUUUUAUGUAUUAUAUUCGUAUUUUGUAUACAUAUUUUACUAACAAUGGUAUCGAUACUUUAUAAUAACAUAUAAUUUGAAAUUGUAUUUAUGGACGGAAAUAUUUAUUUUGUAACUAUUUACGGCAAAGUUAUAAAAUGCUUAACCUAGCUAAAAAAUUAAAAAAGAAUUAUCAGACUAUA